UCCCUGAAGAAAUGGAAGUUGUGUUCAUAUACAGUAAACACAAGUCCAAGUUAAAGACAAAAGAAAAACAAUAUAUAUAUUCUGGCUUUUGAAGUCAUGCCUUACACAAAGGAACCAAAAGUACAAACACAUUUAUUGCUUUACUUUACUAGGGCUUUACUUUUUUUUUUUUUUUUUUUACAUCAGACACUUCAUUCAAGACAUAAAUCUUGCAAUCAUUGGGAAAACACUUCUUUUUCAAACUGUAAAACACACCUGAAUUUGGCACCACCCACAUACAGACCUGAAAACACUUAUGAAGAAAUUGAACACCACUCAGUCUGAGCCUUAGCGCUACAUAUAGACCUCAGGUAAGCUUCUGUGAGAACUUUGCGAACAUGGAAGCAAUGAGAGGAAGAGGAAGACAAUAGAAGGAAACAUAUUUCAGAUGACAUUAGGGCCAGUUUGGUGGAUCAUGUCAUAAAUCAUGGCCUGACAAUGAGGGAGGCUGGGCAGAGGGUACAGCCCAACCUCAGUCGCUACACGGUAGCAGCUGUGCAGGUUUCCAUUUGAGAGGAGAAGUGUUAGUGUGACAAAUGUAAUGACAUAAUUAUCUGUUUUCUGAAUAUUUUCUAUUUUUAUGUCGUGUGAUGCCUGUAUAACAAAAUUUAAAAAAGAUAUACAAAUUUGUAAAGACAGCAGUGGGUCCUGUUCAUCAGUGUGUUGUUGCUGCUUUGAAGAGUACUUCAAAUGGUGCAUGUGUGUAUCAUAUUGUGAAAGAGGAUUGUCAGGUUUUUAUUGCAGUUUCAUUUUGACAUAGAAUAGAAUCUAUGAAUUCUUGAAAUAGAAUUUAUUAACUCAAAACCUACAGUUUUCAAUUUAUAAUGCCACAUGGAUAAUGAGAUAUGAAAUAUAUUCUAUUGCUAAACUCAUCAUCUUAUAGAAAGCGAUUUCCCUAUUUCAUUUUCCUCAAGAAUUAAACGUCCACGUAAGACACCUGUUUUCAGUCUCCACCACACAAGGUGUUUUUGAGUGGAAAGAUAAAAGAACAAAUAAUAAGAAUGAACUUGUACAUUGUUAUUAUUAUUACUUAUUAUUGUCUUUGGUUUGAUGUUUAUAUAUAUAUAUAUGAUACUCUUCACGACAAACACUUUCACUGUUGGGGAGAUUAACUUACUAUUAAGUCUGAGAUUUACACGAAAACACAAAGAAUUGAUUCAAAUCUUGUAAUUUGUCUUUCUUCAGAAUUAUCACAGAUUUAUUGAACAUAAAUUCCCGUAUACCUGUCCAAAAGUUACCUGAACAGAUUGUGGGUCACGCUGCCGCUCAGUGGUUUGAUUGGGUACUGCCUGAUGACGCUCCCACACUGCGCUAGUUACGUACAGCGCCGUUGCUGGUUAUGCAGCUCUCCGUGGCGACGUAAACACGUGCACUUCGCUGCUUCCAGGUUACAGUUUUUUCAUUCCACCGUCAUCCUCGCGCUCCAGCAUCACUCCCUGACAACAGCAGCGAUGGCGGAGCCCGUAGCAUCGGAUGCGGCAGCAGCGGCAGCAUCCCCGAGCCCGGGCCUCUCUCCCGCAGCCAGCCCGGGCUCAGAGCCUCCAUCCAUGGCUCUCUCUCCUACAGCGGAUGGCUCCCAGCGGCUACUUUUCUCUCACGACCUGGUCUCCGGGCGGUAUCGAGGCUCAGUUCGGUUUGGCCUCGUACGGAUGAUCCAUGGCGAGGAGGAUUUUAACUCAGACUCGGACCUCGACGAUGGCGGAGGGAGACGCGGCGGCGGUGGUGGAGGAGGAGGUGGAGGAGGAGGAGGCGGCGGUGGUGGACGAAACCCGUGCGGUUCGGACACUGAGAGCGCUGUGGACACCCCGAGUCGGCCUCUCGGUAGGGGAUUUGUCCGCGUCCAGUGGUACCCUGAAGGAGGAAAGCAGGACAUCAGGGAGACAAAGCUGAAACUUGAAGAUCGAUCUAUUGUCAUCAGAGACAUUGUGCGACGGAACAAUUCAAAUGACAACCAGUGCGGUAUUGUGACCAACAUUGACAUCGAGUGUGCAGUGAAACUCGUGGGAACAAACUGUGUUUUGUAUCCAGUUAACAGCAAAGACCUGCAGCACAUCUGGUCUUUUAUGUACGGCGACUACAUUGCCUAUGACUUCUGGCUGGGGAAAGUGUACGACCUGACUAAUCACAUCAUCCUCAAGCUCUCCAAUGGAGCCAGGUGCUCCAUGAGUGUGGAAGACGGUGCCAAGCUUUACGACGUCUGUCCACAUGUCAGUGAUUCGGGUCUGUUCUUCGACGAGGCGUAUGGUUUCUACCCAGGGCAGGUCCUGAUCGGUCCGGCCAAAGUCUUCUCUAAUGUACAGUGGCUGUCAGGGGUCAAACCUGUCCUCAGCAGGAAGUGCAAGUUCAGGGUUGUGGUAGAAGAGGUAAAGGUGGUUGAACUGAAAGUGACAUGGAUCACCAAGAGCUACUCCCCAAAAGGCUCCGAUAGCGUCUAUCCACCUUCCUCCACCAUCACACAGGAGAAUCUCUGCCGGGUGAGACGUCUGGGCUACUACGACCACACCCAGAGGCAGCUGGGAGAGAGAGCCCUCUACGUCUUUCCUGCAAAGGGAGAUGCCACACGCAUCACCUGUGAAGGACCCGAGGGUGCAGCUGUCCUACCAGAAGACCCUGUGGCCAGAAAGCUGAAAAGGAUGUUCAGAAAGGAUCUGGGGAAGAAGACGGAGAACGCCGACACACAAGGUGAACACAAAUCAGAGCAGACAGACUCAUCUCACUCCAACAACAACGGCCCUGUGGUGCCCAUCCAGAACCCCCCAGACUCCCAGAGCACCGACGACGCCUUGACUGAACAUGGGGAGCAGGACGCUGACGACGAAGCUGCAGAAGACACUGAUGACACCAGCUCUCUGACGUCAUCGGCAAGCUCCACAGCUUCCUCUCAGAGCGGUGGUCUGGGAACAAACCGUAAGAAGAGCAUCCCGCUCUCCAUCCGCAACCUGAAGAGGAAGCACAAGAAGAAGAGGACCAAGUUCUCCCGCGAGUUCAAGCCCGGAGACCGAGUGGCGGUGGAAGUUGUAUCCACAAAGACCACGGCUGAUGUAAUGUGGAAGGACGGGCGGGUGGAGAAGGGGAUCCGAUCAAACGACCUCAUCCCCAUCCAGCACCUCGACAGCCACGAAUUUUGUCCCGGGGACUUUGUAGUAGACAAACGACCCCAAGCCCUCCAGGACCCAGGGGUGUACGGUGUCAUCCAGUCUGGUGAUCACAAGGGCAGAACAUGUGUCGUCAAGUGGAUCAAACUCAACUCCUCAAGUGAUGACGUGGAGGUUAUCGGUAUGGAGGAGGAUGUCAGCGUCUACGACAUUGCAGAUCACCCAGAUUUUCACUUCCGCACCACUGACAUCGUCAUCAGGAUAUGGAACUCAGAGAACGGACAGAACGACUGCGAAAAUGAGACUUCAGUAGGACAGGUGUCCAGGGUGGAUGUGAGCAGCAAAGUAGAGGUGGUGUGGGCAGACAACUCUAUGACCAUCGUCCUGCCACAGCACCUCUACAACGUGGAAUCUGAGAUCGAGGAGACGGACUACGACUCCGUGGAGGAGACCAGCAGCGUCCUGUCCACCGAGGAGUGGGAGGAUGAGAGCGACAGCUGGGAGACGGAUAACGGCCUCACCACUGAGGACGAUAGCCACGUCAACAAUGCGGAUGUCAACGACACUGCGACCCCGACCCCCACACCCACUGGCUCCACGACCUUCAUCAUCCCCCCACAGGAGGGGAUUAAAGCCGGGGUCACCAGCCCCACUAAAGGAGUCCCUGGAGAGGAGGGAGAAGCAUCUGUGGCUGUAGCCAGUCCUGCCUCUGGAGGAGGAACCACUCCAGGAGGCGCAGUCAACGGAGCGGAGAAGACCAGUAAAGAUGGUGCCUCUCGGGGCUUCAGGGAGUUGAAGGAGGCCUUGAAGAUCCUGGAGAGCCUGAAGAACAUGACUGUGGAGCAGCUGUGGACUGGCGGCUCUCCAACCUCUCCAACCUCUGCUGAACCAGCUUCCACGACUAAUGUAGCGAGUUCAGUGACGCCCACAGCCCCUGAGAAACCCACCAAGGAGAAACGCUUCCUGGAUGACAUCAAGAAGCUGCAGGAGAACCUGAGAAAGACGCUGGAUAACGUGGCCAUCGUGGAGGAGGAGAAGAUGGAGGCUGUGGUGGAGGCAGGAGGGAGUGGAGGAGCAGGGACAGAGGCGGAGAGAGCUGGAGAGGAAAAGCCCCAACAGGAGCCCCAGACACCAGUUGGUGGACAAGAGUGGCCCAGUGAGUUUCUCAGUGACACACCAGUACUGUGCCAACAGAGUGGUGGCAAGCCUGGCGUCACCUUCACCAGUGCCAAGGGAGAGGUGUUCUCCGUGCUGGAGUGGGCACCAGACACGCACUCAUUCAAGAAAAUGGAGUUUCAGCCGGCAGAGGCAAAGAAGUUCUUCAGCACAGUGAGGAAGGAAAUGGCUCUUCUAGCAACGUCACUGCCAGACGGCAUCAUGGUCAAAACAUUUGAAGAUCGCAUGGACCUGUUCUCCGCUCUGAUCAAAGGGCCGACUCGUACGCCCUAUGAGGACGGUCUGUUCCUGUUUGACAUCCAGCUACCCAACAUCUACCCAGCUGUACCGCCGCUGUUUCGCUACCUGUCUCAGUGCAGCGGCCGCCUCAAUCCCAACCUCUAUGACAACGGCAAAGUCUGCGUCAGUCUACUGGGCACCUGGAUUGGCAAAGGCACUGAGAGGUGGACCAGCAAGUCCAGUCUUCUGCAAGUCCUCAUCUCCAUACAAGGCCUUAUCCUCGUCAAUGAGCCUUACUAUAACGAGGCUGGUUUCGACAGUGACCGAGGCCUUCAGGAAGGAUACGAGAACAGCCGCUGUUACAAUGAGAUGGCCUUGAUCAAGAUGGUCCAGUCUAUGACACAGCUUCUGCAGAAUCCUGUGGAGGUCUUCAAACAGGAGAUCCAGGAGCACUUUGUCUCUAAUGGCUGGCGGCUCGUCCACCGUCUGGAGGCGUGGCUUGAGCUGCACGACGCUGCAGAGAGGGGCCAGGCAGCACACAUGUCCUGCAGGGCUUCGCACUCAAAAGACCGACCUUCAUCAGCAGAGCCUCUGGAUGAGCAGCUGCCCCUGGGAGCAGGCCCCGUGGUGGUGGCCCACAGUAGCCCCAGUAAGCCUGGGGAGGAGGGGGUUGCAGGAGCAGGAGUUACCAGUAUUAUGGAGGAGGAGCUGGAGGAUUCAGGGCUGAGUCCCUCCACUACAGCGGCCUCUCAGCAGGAGCUGAGCCAGAACUCAGACUGUGACAGCAGCCAGGGGAACACCUCUCUGGGUGGGGAAAACAGGCCUGGUUCAACAGUCCCUGGCUCUGUAGUCCGCGGCGGGACGUCAGAAUCAGGUUCUGCCUCGGUUAGCGGAGGAGGGGUGGCCUCCGCGGGAAACCAGCCAGUGGUGCGACCAAAGAAACGGAGAAAGAGCUACCGGAGUUUCCUCCCAGAGGGCAGCGGCUACCCAGACAUCGGCUUUCCGCUCUUCCCGCUCUCCAAGGGUUUUGUGAAGAGCGUCCGAGGUGUGCUGUUGCAGUACCGAGCUGCACUGGCCACCGCUCGCAUGCCUGAGCAUACAGAGGACAAGUAAGUGCCUCCUCACCGUUCCCCGACACUCCUCUGCACUGCUUCCUGCUCUCUUCCUCCGUCUCUUCUACCUUUUCAUCUGCCUCAAGCUGUAGAGGAGGAUCCAUUACUUGUCUUGGGGAGGGGGCUACAAUUUUCAAUCUUCUGUACUACUGUUCAGAGCUGCACUGUGCCCCCAGCACUGCCCACAUUUUUGUCCUUUACCUCCAUCUCUAAGUCUGUACUGCUACUGCUGCCCCAAACUCCACAAUGUUCUGCCUUUUUUUUUUUCCCAUAAUCCCUCUCGAUCAAGCCGCUACUGCAGGAGAACUGCAUCUUUGAUCAGGACAGUGAGCGAGUUCUGAUUUAGAUGCAACUUGAUAAUGUCUUUGUUUUCCUUCAGUGUCCCUGCAGAUGAGUGUGAUGGAUAAAGAGGGGUGGAGCUCACAUGCGAUCGCCCAAUUACACAAAUGUAGGGGAGCGACCCCGUCACAGAGAAACCCUCAUCUUUUCAUGGACACAGGUAAAAACACGGAGCUUUUACUGGAGGCAAAGAUUCUUUCUCAGCCUCGAAGACAUGGACGUUGACUUCAGUGGCAGUGGUGUGGAUGCAAAAAGGACUAAAUGAGAUGAAAAAUCAGUGCCAUGAACCCUCUUCCCAUCCCCCUCAUCCACCUAGCCUCCAGCAAGCAUCCACCAUAUAGGUGGGGACUUGCUGGAUAACCACUCUGCCAUGUCAAUCAGCUGGAAAAAUGUAAAGCAGACUGGCGAUUGGCUGGGUUCCACUGAAAAACUGCAAAUCCCAGCUCUCCUGGCUGUUGGGCUAACUGCGGCUAUCUGUAGCACUACUGAUAUUAUCGCUGUAUCAUCCUGCACUACAACAAACGAAUGGACAAUCUGGUCUGGGAGAGGUGACGUAUAAAUACACUGACCAGGAGGAUUCUUUUUUAAGUAGAAGUCACUGGUUGUACGCUUUCUGCCAAAUUUCUCUCUAUUCACAAACGCACUCUCAAACACACACGCACACACACACACAUACACCCACAAAUAUUCAAGUAGAACGUACUGAAUGUCAGUAAAACUGCCAACCACAACAGCUUCACCACUUUGUCCACUAUACUUGCUGGUAUUUUCCUUCGCCAAUCACUCGCACUGAACCACGCAGCGAACAUCGAGUGACAAAGUUUACAUACGAAUCACCUCUGGAGGUCAGACUGCUGUAGCUGUUUGGUGUGUAGAGAAGCCAGCCAGGCACAGGACGACAGAUAGGUGGCUGUAUGCGAAGGAGUUUGUGCUCUAGUCAAAGCUUAACACAGCUGCCGCCUCUACAUACAAAUGUUCCAUUCACUUUCUGUAGAAUUUAGCAAAGGUGAUCACUAGAAAUGGAACUCGUGUUUCGAUGUGUUUAAGGUUGUUACACUCACAGAGGCAGGACUGUCUCAGAGUGGAGCUUUACCCAUGAUGUUCCACUUUUCUGUGACAGAGGUGAACCCACAUCACUGCAAAUGACACAAGUUAAAGAAUAAAUAGAGGAAAAAAAAAACAUACAGCAUCCAUUCCGUCAUCUCAUGUCAACAUGUUGCCUUACUUGAAUUGUUCUUAAUGAUCUCAGACCAUUGUGUUCAGAGCUGCUUGUGUCAUGCUUUAGACAUUAACCUACACAGACCUAGACACAAACUUAAAACCACUAAAACCCUGUUUGAGUGUUUUCCUCCUUUAAAAGUGCAGAUUUCUGAUAAGCUUCCCCCUUUUAUCAGUUCUUAAACAUUAGUCUGUUACUCUGCGGCCAUUGCUGUAUUCUAAGUUUCCUCUCCAAAUUGCAUGUGCAGAGUUUAAUGACAUCAGAAUACAAACUGCAGUAAGUGUGAUGCUGAAGGUUUGUUGAUAUUAUAAUGAAUCUGCUUGAUUAUUAUUUUCUGUUAUUCCAUGUUCUGUUAUUCCUGACUUGAGCGUCUUAUCCCACGAAGGUGACCGCGGGACCCCACUGACGAGAGGAAAUUACACAAAUUACAGCACGCAGGCAAAACUUUAGCCAAUCUGACUGUUGUCUGUGAUAUUCUUUUCUCUCUAUAUAUAUUGCAUACAUCACAUCUGGAUGAAAAAAUAAGGGUUUUAUUUAAGUUAACACAAAACUCUUGCUUUGCCACAGAUUGUGCUGUAAUUUACUGUGAAACAAGUGAAACUCACCUUUGGGUCUAUUCGUGCUUCCUGGGGAAACCAGAACAGUCUUUGUUUACAUCUAUUUAAAUAACUGCAUCCCACCUCUAACAUAAUGUUCUUUUUUUCCUUUCAGGAAAUUAUGAUUCUUAUUGUGAUUAUUAUUAUUAUUAUUAUUAUUAUUAUUAUUAUUAUUAUUAUUAUUAUUAUUAUUAUGAUACAGGUCAGACAAACCCCUUGUGCUUGCUAUAAUCUGUGAAGUAAGGGAGCCUUGGCUGUCUGGUAUUUUACUUGAACAAAGAACCUUGAUGCUGAAGAGUGUUUCUGAAUGAGAGGGCACACAGUGCCAUUGUGAAACUAUGAGUGAUGGGAGAGGAUAAAAACCAUGAGCCAAGAGUUGCUGCGUUUAAAAAUAAAUAAAUUUAAAAAAGGAUUAAAAAAAAAAAAGAAACACUUGAGGAUAAAAGAGGUGAAUGAGGGUUAUUUUGUUUUGCUUUGUCUUCCAUUUCUUUUCUCCUUUCUACUCUUAAAAUUGGUAUUCCUGUAUCAGAUGUGGCAAUCAGGCAUCCAUGACAUUUUGUCCUCUUCCUAGAUUUUACUUCACCAUUGUCAUUAUUUUGCUGCCUUUAAUGCUACAGAUGGAGGAUGUGUUGUCCUCUUGACUGGCUGCUGUAGCAUGUAGCCUUGUUUGCUUUACUGUCUCUGUCCCCACACACACGCCGCUGUUUGUAAAAUCUCACCUUCACAGUUCUUGAAGGAGUGUGUUUUCAAUGCCGAGAGCUCAGCCUGAAGAAAAAUAAAAAGUAAAAACCGUGGUUAUGGUGUUUCUGAAAGGUCAAACACACAGCUCCACCAAGAAUUUAAAGGUGACAUUAUUGUUCAGCCUUUCAUCGUCUUUCUCAUUUGUCAACUAUCAUAGAAACAGAAAAUGUGAAACUAUCUCGCAAGAUCUCGAAGCAAAAAUCCAGCAGGAUAUCAAGCACAUGAUGCUUUGUACAAUUUUCUGUGUAUGUGUGUAUAUUAUUGAGAUUUAAACCAUUAUUAUUAUUAUUAUUAUUAUUAUUAUCAUUAUUAUUAUUAUUCCUGCGAGAAGUUUGUUUUACAGCCAAAGCAUGUAACAUGUUGCUUUAAGCCUUUUGAUUGGGCUACACACAAGACUUGACUGUACGAUGUCUAUGUUUCCACAGUGGCCUGUUAUUGAUAUAUUAAAAAAAGAACUAAUAAAGUUAUGAUUUGUAGCCUGAUUCCCUCUGUACAGAUGUCAUGACUAUAUUAAAAUAUAUAAAUACAUACAGUAUAUAUUUAACACAAACUUGAGUUCUAACAAGUCACGUGGAUGCUUGGGGCAUAUAUGUACAAAAUGCUGAGUGUGUAUUGUACUUAUGAUUUUUCAUUUUUUAAUGGUUUACUUUUGUUGAAUUAAGACAACUGUAUAGUGAUGUAUUAAACUUUGCAAGCAGUA